AUGAAGCCGUCGGAUGAAGUCCUUAUUCAGUCCCGCAGAGCUCAAAGGCGGCGACUUGCUGUCCGCUUCACAUUGCUCGCCGCCUUUGUUUUCGUCUGCCUGCGUGCUUUCGGACCUACAUUCUUGAGAUCGUCCUGCUCUACGCAUCUCGACACCUUCUCACGUUCAUGGCGGACCGACGUCACUUCCCAAGCACCACUCGCUUCGUCGAAUACUAAGUCGAAGCGAGUACCGCUGGAAGCACACAUCAUGUCGAAAUGUCCCGAUGCUCGCGACUGUCUUCGCGACCUCGUUGUGCCGGCGAUAGAGAAGAUUAAGGACAAAGUCGACUUUCGCCUUUCAUUCAUCGGGUGGACGGAUCCGCACAACGACGGAGUGACGUGUAUGCACGGCCAAACCGAAUGUCUGGGCAACCUCCUCGAACUGUGCGCCGCGAAGCUGUACCCUCAACCGAAGACCUACCUGGGCUUCACGCUUUGCCUCUCCCUGUCGUACCCCGACAUACCCGCUCGUGAGCUCGUCGAGUCCUGUGCGCUGGAAUCCGGCAUCGACAAAGCGAAGCUCGAAGCCUGCACUGCUGAUGACAACGGGCAUCUGGCUUGGGGUUUGUUGAAGAAGUCGUUCCAGCGGAGUGAAGAUGCGAAUGUGACGGCGAGUUGUACCGUCAGACUGGCUGAGGAAGUGCGGUGUAUUCGGGAUGCAGGCGAGUGGAAGGACUGUGAGGGAGGGAGUGGAGUGAAGGAUCUGGUCGGGGAUGUGGAAAGACUGUACGGCGAGAGGAACGGAGGAGGGAAGAAGGAGGACGUUUGA